CCUGUUGCAAAAUCCACUGGGAAAUAGGGCUAGACCAUUCCAUCCUUCGGGAUCCUCAUUAUAUUCUAACACAAGAACAUUUAAAGACGACAGGGAAAAUAGGAUUUUUGUAAUGCUAAUUAAUUUCGUUCGGAAGAAGAGGCCCUACUCUUUCAUGUUGAUAUUAUUUUUUAGAUUUCUCCACCCCCUCUUCAUUGGAAUGGUUGUUCCUUCACACUGCCUGCCGUGCCAUGUUGGAUGGAUGUAUCGAUGUUGCAGCUGGAGUUCCGAAUGAAAGUUUAGAAUUUGCCCUAUGCAAAGAUUGGGGUUACCACGGAUUGUUCGAGGCCCCUGGGGCAUGGUGACGCUGUUAUUCAACAACCGGGAUCCAGAAAUAUUUCAUUUUGCAGGCCUCUAGCUACCUUAGAAACAACGUAAUGAGAUGAUGCAGUUGCAGGCCAUGGUGACCAAAGACUGCACGAAUUUUAUGUAAUAUUCAAGAGUAAAACAGUUAAUUUUGUUUAUCUGGAAAUUAUUUGAGAACAUGAAUAGCCAUCCUCCGCAACGGCGGGUUGGAAAUAUUGGUUCCAUACUCCUCACCCCGCAAGAGAACGAAUGCCUCUUCAACUACCUGGGCAGGAAAUGCAUUGUAAGUUGUCUUGUUUACGACCACGCUAAGCUCUCAAAUGCAAUUUAUCUACCUGCAACUUUGCGAAAAUAUUGUGUUAGGCUAUUUGCAAACUGUUCGUGUACUGUUAUGUAGGCUAACGUUAGGCAAUAGCCUGGCUGCAGGCCGAUAAGACCCAUAACAGCUCAGCAGCUUUUUCCAUGGCUUUGCUGGAAAGAUGCAGGGCAGACUAUGGGCAAGCAGAGCUGUUUGCCUGUCAAAGGGAUUUGCUGUCAAGAAAUUGGCUUGGAAAUGUGAACCUUUGCCCCUGACCUAUUAGUUUACCCCUGUAUGUAAACAGAGAUGCAAACGUCACUAUUAUAAUGCAGCGCAUGCCCCAUAAUUAAUAAACAUAGCCGAUACAACGUUGACCUAAUGUUGCAAGCGACUGUGUGUGUUAUAAAUUGACUGCACUGCUGCUCAUGUAUUAAGUACUGCCUACUGACGCACUGCAGUCUGGAAUUUUUGCACUUCAGUAUUUUGUUUUAGUUUGACAGACAUUGCAACAUCCCGAGGGAAGACAUUAGCUUGUGUGUUUGCACAAUAGGGAAUAUGGUCAGAACUAGCCCAAUAAUGGACAAAAGGAGCCUAACGUUAAUCCUUAUAGUCCAAGGACCAUGUUCUGUUUAGAGGUGAAUUGUCUCUGGCAGCCAAAACAGCCAACUCCAUCUAAACGGGAAUCUUGCGGUACGGUUCUAGAAACAUAAAGCCCUCUACGUGCAAAAUAUACACAGUUUUAACAGUUGCAGCUGACAGUAUAUUUCAGUGACAACACGUUUGUGGCGUCCAUCUUCCGUUUACACACUGUUGUUCACAUAUGCAGUUAGCUAAUUAGCACAGGUAUGACUGUCUUCCAUCUGUUUUCCGUAAACAAGCUCUGUAACAUGGAAAUAUGAACCCCAAAACAAUAAAGUUGUGUAGUAAUUUGUCCUUUAAAAAAGAAAAAAAUCCUUGCUGAUAUGAAAAAUAUACUGAACAAAAAUAUAAACGCAACAAUUUCAAAGAUUUUAUUGUUACAGUUCAUAUAAGGAAAUCAGUCAAUUGAAAUAAAUUAAUUAGACCCUAAUCUAUGGACUUCACAUGACUGGGCAGGGGUGCAGCCAUGGGUGGGUCUAUGCCCUCCCAGGCCCACCCAUGGCUGCACCACUGCCCAGUCAUGUGAAGUCCAUAGAUUAGGCCCUAAUGAAUCAGCCAAUCAGAAUGAGUUUUUCUCCACAAAAGGGCUUUAUUACAGACAGAUAUACUCCUCAGCCCCCCCCAGACGAUCACACAGGUGAAGAAGUGGUGUUUUAUUGUCCCCAGCACAAGGUGCACCUGUGUAAUGAUCAUGCUGUUUAAUCCGCUUCUUGAUAUACCACCCCUGUCAGGUGGAUGGAUUAUCUUGGCAAAGGAGAAAUGAUCUCUAACAGGAAUACAAACAAAUUUGUGGCCGACAUUUGAGAAAUAAGCUUUUUGUGCGUAUGGAAAAUGUCUGGGAUUUUUUUAUUUCAACUCGUGAAACAUGAGACCAACACUUUACAUGUUGUGUUUAUAUUUUUGUUCAGUGUACAUUCCUUAUCUUUCCAAAACGGUACCUUAAGCAAUGCGUUUUAACUUUCAGAAGAAGUGUCAGCGCUCUUAACAAAACUCCCCUGGCCAGAAGAUGCUAUCGUCAAUAGGCGCUAAAGGUAGUUAGCGUCUGUGAAUGGGUUAGGUCAGAACAUACAUAUGUUCCCAAUGCUGAAGGCUAAGAAGGUAUUUGUGAAAGUCAAAUCAGUUUAUUCUUGAGAAGCUGCAUUAGAUGAACAAAAGUGUAAAAUGACAAGCCAGUGGAAAGACUACCAUAACCUACAGUACCCUGUCCAGAUAAAUAACAUUAUUUUAGGGGCAGCACCACAUGCCAAAGUCAAAGCUGAGUGUCUAGUAAGACAGAGCCAUUGCUGGAUGUGUGUUCUGUCUAUCCCAUAAGCUUUUUCCUACCAUGGGAUUUGGGAACAUUUAGACUUAGCCUAUGGUCUGGCCAGUGACCUUUCCUGUGUUAUGAUGAGGUGUGAGUAUGGGGCGUGAAGUGCUUCCUCGUGUUCUCUCUCUCGUACCCGCAAUAAUAAAUCAUAGAAGAGGAAGAGGAAGCAAGCCGGAGUGGUAUUUCCUCUUCCUUGUGGUCUCCUUAGUGAUUUCCACAGGUCGCUCUGUGUCCAUGGUGACAGAAAACCAAGCUCUGGAUUGUGUGGCCACUGGCUAUGUCUAUCAUUCUCUAUCGGGUCUGCUCAGGGUGUCUGAUUUGCAAACCUUGUACUAUAUGUUCCCGGGGCAUCUAAUCAGUGUUUCUUGUUCGUGGAUGUGUUCCUCUUCCUCUAUACUGUCAUAACCUACUCAUUGGCCCCUAGAGGCAUUCCACUAGUUAGGCUUGUUAACAAGGGGUCCCAUGUAACAAGUUGUUGAAUGUAGUCAGUUUCGUGAAGAAAAAAGUGAUGUGCAGUCCAACGCUGCACUUUUUAAUCACAUUUUAUUAACAUAGAGAUGUGAUAAACGGCACUGUGAAACAUUUCACACGCUCUAAAUGUGUCACUAUAGGGUUUUUUACUUUGCUGUAAGUAACGCUCACACACGGCCAUUGUGAUGUUGUCCUCAGACCCUGUGCACAGCGGUGGUCCAGGUGUAUGGGGCAGACAGGAGCUCGUCCUGGGUGAAGAGGUGCUGCGGAGUGGCCUGUCUGAUCAAGGAUAACCCUCUGAGGUCCUACUUCAUCAGGGUCUUUGACAUCAAGGUGAAUGAGUGCAUUAGAUGGAGGAUGGUUGAAGCUAGCCUAGCCUCACUAGCUUAAUACCUUUCCUGAGGAAAUCCCUCUCUGUGCUGCCAAUAUAGGAAUUUCAGUGACUGUUAUUUCUCUCUUGUCAGGAAGGGAAAACCAUGUUUGAACAGGAGCUCUACAAUAACUUCUCAAUCAACAGCUCGAGGUCGUAUUUCAUUUCGUUCGCAGGAGAUGUAAGUAUACUAUCUCCGCUUGAAAGCGUGUGGACCCAAAAUAGACAGUGUCUUUAUAAAAUGACUGAUCUCUCUUUCCCCUCUCUAUCUCCAGAACUGCCAGGUAGGCCUGAACUUCGCUAGCGAGGAAGAGGCCAAGCGAUUUAGAGCUGCACUGAAAGACCUACUCGGCAGACGGCAACGUAAAACGGGUAACUACAGUGGCCCCGCGGGCUCAGUCUACACUACCUCUGCUUUCUCAUCACCUCAGCCUUUGACCCCCUGGACAGGGGAAGUAAAGAAAGCACCAAUUUAUCUCCCUGCUCUACUACUAACAAGCCCACAGGGCCCAAUCCCGAAUCAACACAUAAUUUUGCCUUAGACGUAUCUUGUAACUCUGCGAGGGGGUUCAUUUGGGGUCAACAAGGGUCUAGGAAUGGGUUUGGAAUUGAGCCAUGCGUCAGUUUUUCUGCUGGUUGCUGUUGGAAAGUCAGUGGUAUGUCUGUCUAGUAAAAACAGCAGAGGGUCUCUCUGUGUUAAAGGCUGUGAUGUUCCUCUCUGGCUUCCCUCAAUAUCGCUCUGUUCCUCUCUGCUUGCCAGCCUUUGAAGUGUGCUGCUCUUGCUGUGAGGAGUGAGUUUCCAAAGACAUGGGGCUGGGAAAGGGACUACUGUAAUGGUAUGUUAGGGACAGCUAGUUUAUUUCUCUACUGUUUUUCCACUACAAUUUUUUUUGUCUUUGCAUCUUUUCUGAACUUGCAACAAUUUAUCCUCCGCCCAGGGUCUGAAUGGAACUGCCAUUCUCUCUCGCCUGCAGUGGCUACCUUUCCACAGACUUCCAUCCUAUUUCAGUCUGUCCAUCUGACUCUCAUAAACUAACUCUGAACACUUUCCAAACACUUUGAUUCUCCUUUCACACUUCCAUAUACACUCUCUAUCGCUCUGAUAGCUGUGGCUAUUGCCUCCUGAAUUGGCUGCGAAAUUAUAAUUGUGCCCGUUUUUGUUUUGCAGAGAAAAGACGCGACCCUGCAAAUGGUAUGUUGUCCAUUCUUUGAAUUGUACCGAUUUUUAUAGUCCAAAUGUUGAUCUUCAACAUGUUGUAGUGGGACACAAUCCUUUGUUAUUUUACUUUUAAAAAGCAUAAGUCUCCUAUAAUCCGUCAGGCAAAAUCAAAUGUAUAGUAGUAUACAUGUAUGUACACACACACACACCCCUUUGCGAUAUGGCAUGAUAAGACGGGUCAGUUCCUUUAAAGAAAUAGGCUAAAUCAAAUUCGUAUGAGUACACAUCCAUGUGUACACACACACAUGCACUCACUCUGAGUAUGACUCUGUUGACACUGUAAUGUUUAGCCCUAACAUCGGGCUUUAGGGUUAAUCUGUUGUGCAGCAUGGGGCCUCCUGUGUGCCAUGUGCAAACCACAUGGGUCUCUCAGUGCAUGUCCAACUGCCAACUCUCUCUCUCUCUUUAAAUCAACCUUCUCACAGAGACUUGUAUACAGCAUACCUUAAAUUGAAUGUACUAAUCGGCUGAAAUCUAACUUCACAUCCACCUACAUUUGAAUGCAAAUGGACCCAAAUGUAGGGAUCCUAUAGAAGGACUAUUCUCCAUGGUGAAAGGAUAUUGUUUGGGAUAUGUCAGUCCCAUUAUUGAGUGUGAAACUAACAAGACGACACAUUUGCCCUAGAUUCGCUCUUUGCUUUGGGAGCUUCCCUCCCCUCCUUCAAUAUGUUCAUUUUGUUUUCCUUGUCGUAAUUCACUGUCAUGUUGGCAGUGUGUGCUUUGGGAAAGGAAGCACUUGAAUAUUUAUUGAUAUUGAAUGAUUACAUUUAUUAGAUUUCUGAAGCCUAAAAUGGACGGGAGGACAACCAUUAGCGUAGACUGUCAAUCAUUGACUUACGUACAGCCAAACGGCUACAUCUGAAUGGUACCACUGCAUGGAUUCUUUGCAAGUUCUCCAUUGAAAGCUCCCAAUGAAGUGGAAAGAUUAGGGUAAACGUGUCUCAAGGCGAGGGAUCUUUCAAAGUCAUACAUGCAUGUCCUCGUCGAUAGCUGAGACUUCUAACAUUUGUAGGGAAUCCAAGGAUUUGGUUGGGAUUAGCUGUGGAUUACUGAUUAUGUCAGAUCCAACUGCAUUUUGUGGAGAUUAACUUGGACUCAAGGAGUGUGCUUAAAUGCCUGGACUGGGGAAGUUUGACCACAGCCAUGUACUGAGAGUUUGUGUGACUGACGGGUUGAACACGGGUCAUCUGCAUUCCAGAAGACUGUGUUAGCCCACUGAUCUGAAGCCUAACCUAGGUCUCAGGCAAGGUAAUUCAUCAUGCAAGAGUAGUUAACAGACCUAGCUCCGAUACAGUUGGCCGUUGCAGUUUCAAUCAGAUGGCGUUAUUAUUAUGAAGUUCCUAAACAUCAUCCAUAGCAGCCAUGUUGGUGCCUCCUGGGUAAUAUUGACCAAUAACAGUCCAAAGAAUUAGCAGAAUUUUAAACCAAGUGCUAGAUGUUCAACAUGAAUGGAUGAAAUUAAUUGUCCAAGGCAGAAACAUGGCUCCCAGCUCUGAAGUUGACCAAAACUGUCUUUGUGUGACUCUGGGUUUGACUUAACUGAUGUCACCUAAAUUACAACAAACACACACACACACCGGGAGGACAAACACUGGAUUUCCACCAGAUUUAUUAUUUUAGUUGUUUAGUCUGUGAAAGACUGCUGUGCUAUUGGCUGGCCUAGCCACAGGCAGUUUGAGAGCCUCACCGGUCGGUUAGUCCAUUGGUCUUCCCAACGUUGUAUCAUCUGGAUGGAACAAGGAUGUAUUGCACAACCUCUUUAUCAAGUCUGUCUUUAUCGGAGUCAUAGGACAGUGAGUUGAAGUUGGAAGACUGGUUGGGUCUGCUUGGGUGUUCAGUGCUGCUUGUGGAUGGGUUUUAUAUGCCGUUGUCCUGCCCUUGUCCUUUUGAGGAAGAGGAGGAGGAGGAGUGUGUGGUGCUAAAAGAACUGAGGAUUAAGAACUGGCAGAGAGAGGUGUUUAACGGUAGGUUUGUCGUCAAGCAGAUCCCAUUUCAAUUCUAGUGAAUUAAGAAAUGAAUGCACAUGAUUGACAUUGAUGUAAAAAAAAAUUGCAUUAAUGUAAAACCUUUCGCUAAUCUGAAUUAGAAUUUAAAUGGAUUGUAUACUGACUGUUGUUUGGAACCCCAGGACACGCUGGUGUUAGGGUUCUAGAAAUUCACAAAGGUCCUGGCAUGUGUGUAGUGGACAAUUAGUGCCCUCUGUUAGUUGUCUUUACACUAUCUUGAAAUAGUUCUAAAUACAUCGAAAGACUAGUGUUUUAUUGUGUGUGGUCCUGCAUUGUCAGCUGUGAGAUUGACCUGUCCUGUCCUUUCCCUUGUCGUUUCAAAUUAUGUUUAAAAAAAGAUAGUGAUAUUGAUGGGUUUUAGACUACCAUAGUCACAACACAGACCAAGUUAUACAGUAGGCUUUUUACUGCCAGUCAAGUAUGCAAAUUAAUGUUACUCUCGAGUCGCUUAUGAAUAAUGAAAAAGGGUCCCACUCAUUUUGUGAGAGCUUCCCAGCACUGGUUCUGAGCUUCUAGUUCUAACAGUUUCUCCCUUUCUUCCUUCUCUCCCUCCUCCUUCUCUCCCUCCUCCUAAAGGCCCAGCUCUCCCUAUGGCCACGGUUGACAUCAAGAACCCGGAGAUCAACAAUGUGCGCUUCCACAACUCCCACCACCACCACCAUCAUCACCAGCAGCAGCCCCAGCCACACCACGUCAACAACAUGCUGCACAGCAGCUUCAGCAAGAAGGAGAAGAAAGUGAAGGGCAAGAGGAAGAAGCUCACCAAGGCAGACAUAGGCACCCCCAGCAACUUCCAGUGAGUGGACCACCCUUCCGUCUAGAGUACACUUCAGACGGGUCUGUGUAGAGAAAUGUAGCGCAGCAGGAGUUUUCCUGUAUGUAUGUUCUGUGAAGUUGUGUAACGUAUUGAGCUUGUCACUCACGUUUGAGGGCGUGCUUCAUUGUGUCUUGUGAACCUCUUCAAUGGCUCAAUUGUGUUUGUGUGCAUUCAGAAUUGUGCCCGUGCAUGUGUGCGUGCACAAGCCAGUGGGUUUACAUGAGGGUCUGUGCUUACACGUGUUUGUUGCUGCUUGUGCAAUGCGCAGCCGCACACGUGUUUGUGAACUGACUUGUGUGUGGGUACACGUAUGUAUGUGCUCAUCCCUGUCUGUCCUGUGUGUCUCUCUUCAGGCACAUCGGCCAUGUGGGCUGGGACCCAAACACAGGCUUCGAUGUGAGUAACUCCCCCCCCCCCCACACACACAUACACACACCGGACCCUUCAUGGGCACACAAUGGUGACCUGUGUGGCCGACCCAUGAUUGACCCACACAAUGGCCUCUGUUGGAUACAGCGCAUACUUAUCAUACACCCAAUGCUGUCAUACAAGCCCCUCUUGCAACCCCGAAUAUUCCAGAAAAUUGUUUGUCACUGUUUUGGGCAGCUAUGCUUCAAAAAAGUAAAGUGGUUUUUCCAAUAUUAGAAAAACCAAAUAGGGAAAAAAAUUGACACAACUAGACAGGAUAACUGACACAAAGAACCCAGCUGACUACAAGGGACAAUGACACCAAAGAACACAGCUGAGACUACAAGGGACAAGGACAACAAGGAACACAGCUGACACUACAAGGGACAAGGACACUAAAGAACACAGCUGACACUACAAGGGACAAGGACACUAAAGAACACAGCUGACACUACAAGGGACAAGGACACUAAAGAACACAGCUGACACUACAAGGGACAAGGACACUAAAGAACACAGCUGACACUACAAGGGACAAGGACACUAAAGAACACAGCUGACACUACAAGGGACAAGGACACUAAAGAACACAGCUGACACUACAAGGGACAAGGACACCAAAGAACACGGCUGACACUACAAGGGGAACACAGCUGAGACUACAAGGGACAAGGACAACAAGGAACACCGCUAUGAACAGAAAGACUUCCUAAAGAGAAAGGUCUUUAGGCCAUUUUAAAGGAGCCCAGAGUCUGUGGUGCCUUCAGGUAGUCUGGGAGGGCAUUCCAGAGGCUGGGGGCGGUCUAGCUGAAAGCCCGAUCCCCCAAGGAGCGGCACUUAGUCCUGGGGGCGUGGAGGAGCAGGCUAUCGCUUGACCUGAGGGUGCGGGUGGGGUUAUGGAGGGAGAGCAGUUCUUUGAGAUAAGGAGGGGUAUUGCCAUGAAUACACUGGAAAGUCAGCAGGAGGGUUUUGAAUUCAAUCCGGAAUGAGACGGAGGAAGACAUUUGAAUCUGCAGUCAGUGAUGCAUGUCACUAAGAACCAAGUGGACCACAGAGCUCGUUAAUGUACAGAAUACAGUCUGUUUUAAUGACAGUAAUGAGCAUGACUGAUUGAACCCCAUUCCCUUGGGCUUAAUUGCAUGUCUAUUUACUUGACUAAUCAUGCAUACAGAAGUAUCACGCACACUCUUUCAUGCCAAAGCAAAAAAUACUAACUGCAGAGAUCAGAGGGGUUUGAAGAUAUGGACGAUUUGAUUUUAAUGUUUACACAAGUAUUACACAAUUAUGAUUGAACAAACACAAAGUAGACAGUUAAAGGCCAUGUGUUGUGUCGUGCGCACAACCUGGUGCAAUACCCCUUUUCAUCCAGAAGAUGGCAGAAUGGCACUUAGAUUGACAAAAUAAUUUGAUUCUUGCCGGCUCUAUAUUAAGUUUUAUAAGUUAAAUGGAAUUGGCAUUGCAUUUUUGUAUUUGGCAGGCCAUGGUUAUAUGUACAGCGUAAUUGUAGCCAUUUUCAAAACACUACAGAUUCCAUCCGCUCUGGAUAAAAUGCCAAGAAAAACAAAGAUCUGUCUGUUUUGAAUUGUGUGCUGAUCCGGUCUUUCGCUAUCUCUAUUUCUCUGCCCCAGUUGAAUAACCUGGACCCGGAGCUAAAGAACCUGUUUGACAUGUGUGGCAUCUCAGAGGCCCAGCUGAAGGACAAGGAGACCUCCAAGGUUAUCUACGACUUCAUCGAAAAGAAAGGAGGGGUGGAGGCCGUCAAGAACGAGCUCCGUAGGCAAGGUGAGCUCACCUGAACCAUCCUCUGAGUUCCUUGUAUCUCAAGCAAUGAUGUAUAUAAACCCUGGAUUGCUGAUGCUAUGUAUUGGCAAUUGAAAAGCUUUGAAGCUACCAGUCGGCCAUAUUGGCUCUCCCCAGUAGGAGCAUUUCUCCAUAGGAAUGAAGCUCAAUUGGUAGAGCAUGGCGCUUGUAACGCCAGGGUAGUGUGUUCGAUCCCCGGGACCACCCAUACACAAAGAAUGUAUGCACGCAUGACUAAGUCGCUUUGGAUAAAAGCGUCUGCUAAAUGGCAUAUUAUUAUUAUUAUUAUUAUUAUUAUUAUAUUAUAAUAAUUCUACAGUAUUUCAAUUAAAUGUUUCAAGGACAAAAUAACAUGUAUUUAAGUAUGUUGUUGUUGUAGUGUGGACAGUAACAUUAGUCAUCUUAAAAAUACAUACAGUGGGGAAAAAAGUAUUUAGUCAGCCACCAAUUGUGCAAGUUCUCCCACUUAAAAAGAUGAGAGAGGCCUGUAAUUUUCAUCAUAGGUACACGUCAACUAUGACAGACCAAUUGAGGAAAAAAAAUCCAGAAAAUCACAUUGUAGGAUUUUUAAUGAAUUUAUUUGCAAAUUAUGGUGGAAAAUAAGUAUUUGGUCAAUAACAACAAAAGUUUCUCAAUACUUUGUUAUAUACCCUUUGUUGGCAAUGACACAGGUCAAACGUUUUCUGUAAGUCUUCACAAGGUUUUCACACACUGUUGCUGGUAUUUUGGCCCAUUCCUCCAUGCAGAUCUCCUCUAGAGCAGUGACGUUUUGGGGCUGUCGCUGGGCAACACGGACUUUCAACUCCUUCCAAAGAUUUUCUAUGGGGUUGAGAUCUGGAGACUGGCUAGGCCACUCCAGGACCUUGAAAUGCUUCUUACGAAGCCACUCCUUCGUUGCCCGGGCGGUGUGUUUGGGAUCAUUGUCAUGCUGAAAGACCCAGCCACGUUUCAUCUUCAAUGCCCUUGCUGAUGGAAGGAGGUUUUCACUCAAAAUCUCACGAUACAUGGCCCCAUUCAUUCUUUCCUUUACACGGAUCAGUCGUCCUGGUCCCUUUGCAGAAAAACAGCCCCAAAGCAUGAUGUUUCCACCCCCAUGCUUCACAGUAGGUAUGGUGUUCUUUGGAUGCAACUCAGCAUUCUUUGUCCUCCAAACACGACGAGUUGAGUUUUUACCAAAAAGUUCUAUUUUGGUUUCAUCUGACCAUAUGACAUUCUCCCAAUCCUCUUCUGGAUCAUCCAAAUGCACUCUAGAAAACUUCAGACGGGCCUGGACAUGUACUGGCUUAAGCAGGGGGACACAUCUGGCACUGCAGGAUUUGAGUCCCUGGCGGCGUAGUGUGUUACUGAUGGUAGGCUUUGUUACUUUGGUCCCAACUCUCUGCAGGUCAUUCACUAGGUCCCCCCGUGUGGUUCUGGGAUUUUUGCUCACCGUUCUUGUGAUCAUUUUGACCCCACGGGGUGAGAUCUUGCGUGGAGCCCCAGAUCGAGGGAGAUUAUCAGUGGUCUUGUAUGUCUUCCAUUUCCUAAUAAUUGCUCCCACAGUUGAUUUCUUCAAACCAAGCUGCUUACCUAUUGCAGAUUCAGUCUUCCCAGCCUGGUGCAGGUCUACAAUUUUGUUUCUGGUGUCCUUUGACAGCUCUUUGGUCUUGGCCAUAGUGGAGUUUGGAGUGUGACUGUUUGAGGUUGUGGACAGGUGUAUUUUAUACUGAUAACAAGUUCAAACAGGUGCCAUUAAUACAGGUAACGAGUGGAGGACAGAGGAGCCUCUUAAAGAAGAAGUCACAGGUCUGUGAGAGCCAGAAAUCUUUCUUGUUUGUAGGUGACCAAAUACUUAUUUUCCACCAUAAUUUGCAAAUAAAUUCAUAAAAAAUCCUACAAUGUGAUUUUCUGGAUUAUUUUUUCUCAAUUUGUCUGUCAUAGUUGACGUGUACCUAUGAUGAAAAUUACAGGCCUCUCUCAUCUUUUUAAGUGGGAGAACUUGCACAAUUGGUGGCUGACUAAAUACUUUUUUCCCCAAUGUACUUUAAGGAAAAUAUAUUUAUAUAUAUAUAUUUUAAUGUUUCUCACAUAUAAUUUAAAAGUAUGCAUUAUGGUGUCUGUAACAGAAUCAAUCAAUCAAUCAAUCAAAUGUAUUUAUAAAGCCCUUUUUACAUCAGCAGAUGCCACAAAGUGCUAUACAGAAACCCAGCCUAAAACCACAAACAGCAAGCAAUGCAGAUGUAGAAGCAUGGUGGCUAGGAAAAACUCCCUAGAAAGGCAGAAACCUAGAGAGGAACCAGGCUCUGAGGGGUGGCCAGUCCCCUUCUGGCAGUGCCGGGUGGAGAUUAUAACAGUACAUGGCCAUUAAGGCCAGAUUUUUCUCCAAGAUGUUCAAACCUUCAUAGAUGACCAGCAGGGUCAAAUAAUAAUCACAGUGGUUGCAACAGGUCAGUACAUUAGGAGUUAAUGUCACUUGGCUUUUCAUAGCCAGGCAUUUAUAAAUGUGGCAAAAACUAAUGUAGAUAUUAAUAAAUGCAAUGCUAUCCACCUCAUUUUCGAAAGCUUUUAAAACACGGAAGCCAAACAAAGCCCAACAAAUUUGAAGUCUUGGAAUGGCCUAGUCAAAGUCCAGACCUAAUCCCAAUUGAGAUGUUGUGGCAGGACUUGAAAUGAGCAGUUCAUGCUUGAAAACCCCAAAAAGCAGCUGAGUUAAAGCAGUUCUGCAUGCAACAGUGUGCCAAAAUUCCUCCACAGCGAUGUAAGAGACUGAUCAACAACUACAGGAAGCAUUUGGUUGCAGUCAUUGCAGCUAAAGGUUGCACAACCAGUUAUUGAGUAUAAAGGGGCAAUUACUUUUUCACACAGGGGAAUUGGGUGUUGCAUAACUUUGUUAAUUAGCAACAAGCCGAUGACAUGCUGUAGGCCUAAAAGAUGCACAGGCUCAAAGGCGUUUGUUGUUGAAUUGCUACAUUUAAAUACACAUUACUAUAUUAUUUUUCAUUAGGCCUAUAUGUAAAUCAGUGGCGGUCAGUGCCGUUUAAGAUGAGGUAGGACCUUUUUUUUUUUUUCAUGAGCAUGGCCUUAUUUCUAUUACAGCAUAUUGGAUGACUCUCAUUCAUAUUCCAUUCACCCAGUUCAAUGUAACAGAGAUAAGUUUAGGCUACUACAUGAUACUAACAUUUUCCCUAUACCCAUCAUGAGGUUGCUACAACAUAGCCUAUGAAUGAAAGUUUACAGCGUAGGUGCACACAGGUCGAGAGAUUUGAGGUGACAAUUCAAUACCGCCUGUGGCCUAGCCAGUCUCCAGACCUUAAUCCCAUAGAAAAUCUGUGGAGGGAGCUGAAGGUUCGAGUUGCCAAACGUCAGCCUUGAAACCUUAAUGACUUGGAGAAGAUCCGCAACGAGGAGUGGGCCAAAAUCCCUCCUGAGAUGUGUGCAAAACUGGUGGCCAACUACAAGAAACGUCUGAUUGCCAACAAGGGUUUUGCCACCAAGUACUAAGUCAUGUUUUGCAGAGGGGUCAAAUACUUAUUUCCCUCAUUAAAAUGCAAAUCAAUUUAUAACAUUUUUGACAUGCGUUUUUCUGGAAUCUUUUGCUGUUACAGUGGGGAAAAAAAGUAUUUAGUCAGCCACCAAUUGUGCAAGUUCUCCCACUUAAAAAGAUGAGAGAGGCCUGUAAUUUUCAUCAUAGGUACACGUCAACUAUGACAGACAAAUUGAGAAAAGAAUUCCAGAAAAUCACAUUGUAGGAUUUUUAAUGAAUUUAUUUGCAAAUUAUGGUGGAAAAUAAGUAUUUGGUCACCUACAAACAAGAAAGAUUUCUGGCUCUCACAGACCUGUAACUUCUUCUUUAAGAGGCUCCUCUGUCCUCCACUCGUUACCUGUAUUAAUGGCACCUGUUUGAACUUGUUAUCAGUAUAAAAUACACCUGUCCACAACCUCAAACAGUCACACUCCAAACUCCACUAUGGCCAAGACCAAAGAGCUGUCAAAGGACACCAGAAACAAAAUUGUAGACCUGCACCAGGCUGGGAAGACUGAAUCUGCAAUAGGUAAGCAGCUUGGUUUGAAGAAAUCAACUGUGGGAGCAAUUAUUAGGAAAUGGAAGACAUACAAGACCACUGAUAAUCUCCCUCGAUCUGGGGCUCCACGCAAGAUCUCACCCCGUGGGGUCAAAAUGAUCACAAGAACGGUGAGCAAAAAUCCCAGAACCACACGGGGGGACCUAGUGAAUGACCUGCAGAGAGCUGGGACCAAAGUAACAAAGCCUACCAUCAGUAACACACUACGCCGCCAGGGACUCAAAUCCUGCAGUGCCAGACGUGUCCCCCUGCUUAAGCCAGUACAUGUCCAGGCCCAUCUGAAGUUUGCUAGAGUGCAUUUGGAUGAUCCAGAAGAGGAUUGGGAGAAUGUCAUAUGGUCAGAUGAAACCAAAAUAUAACUUUUUGGUAAAAACUCAACUCGUCGUGUUUGGAGGACAAAGAAUGCUGAGUUGCCUCCAAAGAACACCAUACCUACUGUGAAGCAUGGGGGUGGAAACAUCAUGCUUUGGGGCUGUUUUUCUGCAAAGGGACCAGGACGACUGAUCCGUGUAAAGGAAAGAAUGAAUGGGGCCAUGUAUCGUGAGAUUUUGAGUGAAAACCUCCUUCCAUCAGCAAGGGCAUUGAAGAUGAAACGUGGCUGGGUCUUUCAGCAUGACAAUGAUCCCAAACACACCGCCCGGGCAACGAAGGAGUGGCUUCGUAAGAAGCAUUUCAAGGUCCUGGAGUGGCCAGGCCAGUCUCCAGAUCUCAACCCCAUAGAAAAUCUUUGGAGGGAGUUGAAAGUCCGUGUUGCCCAGCGACAGCCCCAAAACAUCACUGCUCUAGAGGAGAUCUGCAUGGAGGAAUGGGCCAAAAUACCAGCAACAGUGUGUGAAAACCUUGUGAAGACUUACAGAAAACAUUUGACCUGUGUCAUUGCCAACAAAGGGUAUAUAACAAAGUAUUGAGAAACUUUUGUUGUUAUUGACCAAAUACUUAUUUUCCACCAUAAUUUGCAAAUACAUUCAUUAAAAAUCCUACAAUGUGAUUUUCAGGAUUUUUUUUUCUCAUUUUGUCUGUCAUAGUUGACGUGUACCUAUGAUGAAAAUGUCAGGCCUUUCUCAUCUUUUUAAGUGGGAGAACUUGCACAAUUGGUGGCUGACUAAAUACUUUUUUCCCCCACUGUAUUCUGUCUCUCACUGUUAAAAUAAACCUACCAUUAAAAUGAUAGACUGAUCAUUUCUUUGUCAGUGGGCAAACGUACAAAAUCAGCAGGGGAUCAAAUAUUUUUUCCCUCACUGUAUAUAAAUCAUUGAUCUCAAGUAUCAAGGAGGCCACCCACUGUGAAUGUGAUGAACUUCCUUGUAACUCUGAAGUUAAUGAAGUCAAUGGUUAGAAUGCACUCCACUGGUAAUGAGAUGGUGAAAGCCAGGCGAGGCUUAUUCAUGUGGUCUUUUCCCAGGGCCGCCCAGGUGGUGUGGUAGGUAACUAUCGGUGUGUUUCCAUAGAGUGGUGGUUGGUGUGUUUCUGCCUCAGGUGUUGACUGUGUGAACUUUGACCUGCAUAACCGGGUAAAGCCAACUGCUGUUUGGUUUGUCUGAAUUUAAAAUGAACAGAAUUGAAAGGCUAUAAUGUAAAAUGUUGCCAGAAGUGAAUUUCUGAGCUUCUGAAUUGUCAAUGGUUGCCAUGUUGCUGUGCUGUUGGGAGGGGGGCCGGGGGGUUUGGCUGUGGAGUGAUUUUAGACAGAGUAUCUGGAUGACAGGGUUUGAAUUGCACAUGAACUCUUGGGGGGUAACUUAUAAUUGGGAACAAUGUUUUUGGGAUGCAUGCACAAGUUAUUUUCAGUGCUUAUAAAGUGAGAGAGCCCUGAAUUGUAAUGGGAUCAUUCAGCACUCUUGUGCACCCCAGUAAUUCGAAACCCUGCUGGAUGGGAUAUUGUGACCGUCAAACUGACCACUCUCUUUCUCUCUCUCUCUCCUCUUUUCCAUCUCUCUCCAUCUUUGUCCUACCUAGCCCCACCACCUCCUCCCUCUCGGGGCGGCCCACCUCCCCCUCCCCCACCCCACAGCUCGGGCCCAGCUCCCCCACCACCACCACCACCACCAUCGCGAGGUGGCCGGGGUGCCCCGCCACCACCUCCACCCUCUCGGGCCCCCACCUCUGCCCCUCCCCCCCCCCCCCCCCCUCCCCCCUCCAGGCCUGGUGCCCUAGGAGCCCCCCCUCCUCCCCCACCCCCCAACAGAGGGGGCCACGGCCACCAGCCACCCCCUCACGCCACCCUAGCCUCCCAGGCCCCACCGCCACCUCCCCCACCAGCAGCACCACACACCGGUGGCGGGGGAGCCCCUCCUCCACCUCCUCCUCCACCACCCCCACCCCCACCUGGACCCCCACCCCCUCCAGAGCUGGACGGUGGUGUGGAGGCGCUCCACUCACCCCUGGGCUCUGGGGGUAAGUCGGCCCUGCUGGAGCAGAUCCGUGGGGGCACCCAACUGAAGAAGGUAGAGCCACCGGCCUCCAAGCCACCGGCCACCACCGUGGGGCGCGAUGCGCUGCUCGACCAGAUACGGCAGGGCAUCCAGCUAAAAACCGUAAGUCACUGUCUGUCUGUUUGAGUGUAUUUCCAUGUUUGUGUGUGUGUGUGUGUGUGUGUGUGUGUGUGUGUGUGUGUGUGUGUGUGUGUGUGUUUGUUUAACUGUGUGUGUGUGUGUGUGUGUGUCAGGUACCAGACAGCCCAGACUCGGGCUCCCCUACACCGGCCCCCUCGGCAGGCAUCGUGGGGGCACUUAUGGAAGUCAUGCAGAAGAGGAGCAAAGCCAUCCACUCAUCGGGUAGGUGCCCACUGGCAGUUUUAUUUUAUUUCACCUUUAUUUAUCCAGAUAAGUCAAUUGAGAACCAAUUCUCAUUUACAAUAACAACCUGGCCAAGAGGCAUAACAUUGCAACAGUGAACAGGACAACACACAAUACCACUAAAAAUAAAUAAAACAGAGGAGUACAAAUUCAUGAAUUAUAAAACGGGUGGUUCGAACCCUGAAUGCUGAUUUGGCUGAAAGCUGUGGUAUAAUUAUUUUUACUGUCCUAAUAAGCAAUAAGGCACCUCAGGGGUUUGUGGUAUAUGGCCAAUAUACCACGGCUAAGGGCUGUAUCCAGGCACUCCGCAACAGCGCUAAGCCGUGGUAUAUUGGCCAUAUACCACACCCUCUCAGGCCUUAUUGCUUAAAUAUACAACAAUGAGGAAUAUUCAAAUCAAAUCAAAUUUUAUUGGCCACAUGCGCUGAAUACAACAGGUGCAGACAUUACAGUGAAAUGCUUACUUACAGCCCUUAACCAACAGUGCAUUUAUUUUUAACAAAAAAGUAAAAAUUAAACAACGACAAAAAAAGUGUUGAGAAAAAAAGAGCAGAAGUAAAAUUAAAUAACAGUAGGGAGGCUAUAUAUACAAGGGGGUGCCGGUGCAGAGUCAAUGUGCGGGGGCACCGGCUAGUUGAGGUAGUUGAAGUAAUAUGUACAUGUGGGCAGAGUUAAAGUGACUAUCAUAAAUAAUUAACAGAGUAGCAGCAGCGUAAAAGGAUGGGGUGGGGGGGCAGUGCAAAUAGUCUGGGUAGCCAUGAUUAGCUGUUCAGGAGUCUUAUGGCUUGGGGGUAGAAGCUGUUGAGAAGUCUUUUGGACCUAGACUUGGCACUCCGGUACCGCUUGCCAUGCGGUAGCAGAGAGAACAGUCUAUGACUAGGGUGGCUGGAGUCUUUGACAAUUUUGAGGGCUUUCCUCUGACACCGCCUGGUAUAGAGGUCCUGGAUGGCAGGAAGCUUGGCCCCAGUGAUGUACUGGGCCGUACGCACUACCCUCUGUAGUGCCUUGCGGUCGGAGGCCAAGCAGUUGCCAUACCAGGCGGUGAUGCAACCAGUCAGGAUGCUCUCGAUGGUGCAGCUGUAGAAUUUUUGGAGGAUCUGAGGACCCAUGCCAAAUCUUUUCAGUCUCCUGAGGGGGAAUAGGCUUUGUCGUGCCCUCUUCACGACUGUCUUGGUGUGUUUGGACCAUGAUAGUUCGUUGGUGAUGUGGACACCAAGGAACUUGAAGCUCUCAACCUGUUCCACUACAGCCCCGUCGAUGAGAAUGGGGGCGUGCUCAGUCCUCUUUUUUUUCCUGUAGUCCACAAUCAUCUCCUUUGUCUUGGUCACGUUGAGGGAGAGGUUGUUGUUGUCCUGGCACCACACGGCCAGGUCUCUGACCUCCUCCCUAUAGGCUGUCUCAUCGUUGUCGGUGAUCAGGCAGUGAGUUAGAGCAGAAAAGUCCAAGGCAACACAGCAGACUGUGUGAUGGAAGUGAUUCGGUUAACAGCACUUGCUUGAUUAAUAACCUUGCCUGAGACCUGAAGACUUACGUUGGCUCGCUGAGCUAAUGCCUAGACUUUAUUGGUGAGCAGCUGCAAGUCAAGACGCUGAAUUUAAGUACUUGUGUUCUUUGAUAAUUAAUCCGGAUUGUGUUAUUACCAGUUGCCCUUAAUAUAAAGAUGUAGAUCUCUUUUAUAUUUUGAUAACAAGUCUGCUUUUACAUUUCCUAGAUGAAGAUGAGGAUGAUGAUGACGAAGAAGAUUUCGAAGAUGAUGAUGAAUGGGAUGACUAGUUAA